UAACCGAUGUGUGACGUUUAUCAGCGAGGAGCGGGGAGGCUGGAGGUGUGAGCUGUCCAUGGGCUCGGUUCGGUCCGGGCGAUGACGCACAAGAGAAGGAAAAAGGAGAGGGCUGUUCCGCUCCCAGCAUCACUUCUCCUCCCCUGAACUCUCUGGCUGAGCAGCUCUCCGCUGCAGGAACUCGGCAGCGGAGCUGAAGUAGAUGGAAGAAGACGUUCAUUAUUCUGAGCUGUCAGUCUGCGCCGAGCACCGACCCGCGGGAAGGAGACGCGCGUAAACGCUCCGCGCCAUGCCGGCUGUCCUCUCCCUCCUCUGACCGCCUCUGCCUCGCUGCUUCCCGCAUGGUUCUGGCGGGAAACCAUGAAGACCACGCGGAAAUGUCGCGCGCUGCUGUCGGUAGCUUUGAACCUGGCGGCUCUGUUCUUCUCCACCACCGCCUUCAUCACCACGUACUGGUGCGAGGGCACCCAGCGCGUCCCCAAGCCCAACUGCAGCAAGCAGCGGCGGCACAACUGCAUCGACUACGGCGUAAACGAGACGGACCAGAGCAAGGUGCACUACAGCUGGGAGACCGGGGACGACCGCUUCCUGUUCCGCCGCUUCCACACCGGCAUCUGGUACUCCUGCGAGGAGAACAUCCACGGAGCAGGUGAGAAGUGCCGGAGCUUCAUUGAUCUGGCCCCAGCGUCGGAGAGAGGUGUGCUGUGGCUGUCGGUGGUUUCGGAGGUGCUGUACAUCCUGCUGCUGGUGGUCGGCUUCAGCCUCAUGUGUUUGGAGCUUUUCCACUCCAGCAACGUCAUCGAUGGACUCAAACUCAAUGCCUUUGCCGCCGUCUUCACCGUGCUGUCCGGUCUUCUGGGUAUGGUGGCCCACAUGAUGUACACUCAGGUGUUCCAGAUCACAGUCAGCCUAGGUCCUGAAGACUGGAGGCCCCACAGCUGGGACUAUGGUUGGUCCUUCUGCAUGGCGUGGGGUUCCUUCACCUGCUGCAUGGCCGCCUCCGUCACCACCCUCAACUCCUACACCAAGACGGUCAUCGAGUUCCGACACAAGCGCAAGCUGUUCGAGCAGGGCCUCCGCGAGGAGCAGAACUACCUGGACCAGGAGGCGUUCCACUACUUCCAGGACCGCUCCCUCCAGUCCAUCUCCAGCACGGUGGAGGUCUACCCCAGCGGCCCUAGAGCCGGUCUCAUGGUCGGCGGACCAGGACCCGGCUCCGGUCCUGGUCCGGGUCCAGGUUCGGCACACGGGAAAAUGAGAGGCACGCCAGCUUUGGACCUGGGGGAGAACACAGACUCUCUGGGGGAGGAGCAGUGCUGAGGGCUGGAAGGCUGACCGUAUCUUUGACUCUGGACCCGUUUCCUCUGCCGCUGAAAAGCACAGCAGUCCUUCGGUUUUGCCCACAGGAGUCAACAAGCAAACCUGCCCUGAAACAAAGCGGGAAACAUAUAGAGUAAACGCGACAGUUGCUGUAUGUUUUUGUCCGAUUAAAACGAUGUCAGUGUAAACUUG